AGUUUAUUUCACGACACACGACACGUUCUUUACUAAAUCGCCAAUACUUUAAGAUCAUACGAGUGUAUAAGAAAUCAUCAAGUUCACCAUGAAUUUCCUCAUAUUUUUACUCGUAAUCUGUCCUAUUUACGUAACCGCCGAUGUCCUCGGUGAUCUGCUCGGUGAAGAAUUGUAUCUAGUUGAUCAUAUUCGAGACAAGAGACAAACUCAUGCACAGCAACAACAACAGAUCAGCUAUAGGCCGUAUUCUCAAGCACCAGCACAAAUAAAACAACUUUUAGCAUCCCAACAACUUCGUAAUCCUUUGGUACACAUUCCCUCACAACCACCACCACAAUUAGCAAAUGGACCCAGACAAGAGCCAGUUUAUCAGAGCCAAGCUCAAGUGGCUUCCUAUAGGCCAGAAGUUCGACUAGGUUCGGCACCACAGCAACCAUCUUACAAACAAAUUCCGGUAGCUCCAGCACAAUACAGACCACCCGCAGGUGCUGCCCAAGCACCUCAGGCUCGUCCUCAAUACCAACCUGGCCCACUUCAGGGUAAUUAUCAGCCACAGGCACAACCACAACCACAAUACUCAAAACAAUUACCCUCGGAGCUUCGACAAUUAUUGCAAAUCCAAGCUGGAUUACCUAAUGCCAUUCCACAUGGUCGACAAGGUUAAUUCUUAACAAAGGAUUAUCCAAAAUUUGUAUCCUUCUUUCUUCUAUUUUCAAUAGCUUUUCUUCAUGCAUGCUAUCAAUUUUCAUUAAACAAAUAAAUUACGAUCUUUCAAGGAAUGUGCUAUUAGAAGGGAGGUUCAAAUGUUUAAUCAUCAAUUCAUUGUCAUCUUU